AUGGCGCCUUACGGAGGACACGUGUAUGAAGAUGGAUACACUACUGCUGGCACUACUGCUGGCACUGCUGCUGGCAUUACUGCUGGCACUGCUGCUGGCACUGCUGCUGGCACUACUGCAGGCACUGUUGCUGGCACUACUGCUGGCACUACUGCUGGCACUGCUGCUGGCACUGCUGCUGGCACUACUGCUGGCACUGUUGCUGGCACUACUGCUGGCACUGCUGCUGGCACUGCUGCUGGCACUACUGCAGGCACUGUUGCUGGCACUACUGCUGGCACUGCUGCUGGCACUACUGCUGGCACUGCUGCUGGCACUACUGCUGGCACUGCUGCGGGCACUACUGCUGGCACUGCUGCUGGCACUACUGCUGGCACUGCUGCUGGCACUGCUGCGGGCACUACUCAGUUUACAUAUAACGAAGUCCAGGAGGGAGGAGCAGGAGGUGAUGAAGGACGAGGGUCAUCAUCAGGAAGGAGGAGUAUGACCUAA